CUUCCCACUGCACACUUGACUGGCCCCUGGACAACAACAACCACCUACCUACCGACGCUGGGUUGCUCACUGAAGACUGGCUGGCUUGGCUGUUGGACCGCACCACACCUCACCACUCUAGCCGCCUUCCUGCGAUCCCCGCCGCCUGCACUGCAUCUCUGCUCACAGACUACCUAACUAUCUCUUGAAUCUGCACACACUCGACAUCCGACGGCCCGCACGACGACAACGACAUCUUUCUCGCGUUAUCUGUGUCUUCUUCUUCUCCUUCUCUAACUUAUCAUUCUUUCAACGACAUUGCGCCUUGCUUCUCAGCCAUUUUGCUUUUUGUUUUUUUACGACGCCCAAACUCUUGCGAACAGUGGGAAAAGCAUGCGAACGACAACGACAUCAACACCACCGUCAGGGAUAAGGUGGUGAUUUGUUUGACCGCAUCGACCGACCGAAGCCUCGUUCGAGCAACUCGCCCUUGCGCCAGAUAUCUUGCCAGGUUAUUACUUUACAACAGCCAUCGUCGGCUAUACCACAACUGCAACGACGUCUUGGGCCCGAAGAGUUGCUGGUGCUGUUCGAUUCGCUAUCCCCCCGCCAUCUCCCCUUGACGCUUCUCCCAGCCGUCUUUGCUGGACUUCAGCCUUUCGGCGCAACCAACACAACUCUUCUUGCCAACUCGACAUACACAAGGCGACCAUGACGAUUCCCGUCGAUUCGUCGAAAGCCGUCGCUGCCUCUGCUUCUACCAAAAGACCAGCAGCAGAAACGAGUUGCUCUGCAGCCGCGACUCCCGCGCGCUUCGCAACACCUCCUCCCCCCUCCGACCGAGGACACCUCGAGAACCGCCAGCAUCUGGAGAACGCGAACCAGCGCAAGAUGCAUCAUAGCAGGAGACCCAGCGAGUCAGUUCGUGCCAAUAACUUUGACGCCGGUGCCGUCGACAGUGCAUUACUCCGGGAAAUGCAGCACCGGUCACAACGAGAAAGCACCCCAGGUGCCAGUCCACAUCGAAAGCGUCAGAGGAUAAAUGGUGACAGAUUCAUCCCCACGCGGACUGGCCAAGAUCUUCAAGCUAGUUUUAGCUUGCUCCACGAAGAUGGCUCUCCGGCGACGCCAUCUAAGCAAAAGAAGCGCACCCCCCAUGGCGAGCUUCAUUUCCAAAGGACCGAGGAAGCAAACCGUACAUUCUCGACCCUGCUCCGCGCCGAACUCUUCGAGGGCUCAAUACCACAGGCAACGCCACCGACUCUGUCUCCAGAUCAUUCUCUAUCUACCGCAUCCCACGCAGCCCACAUUCGGGACAGCACGAGGUCUCGCACGCCACCGAAUAACGCUUCCGCCAACUCUCUGCCAACCUCCCUGACACCGUCCACGCCCCACAAGAACCUAUUCUCUUAUAUGUCACCUCGACAACUCAGCAACGCAGGCCACCUAACGCCGUCAAGAACGCCUCAAAGUCGUCAUGGACCCAAUUUGGACACCCGCUCCGAGAUAUAUAGCCUUUCUCCUGUCCGCUUCAACAGCCAACAAUUGUUGCUGAGCCCGCGGCGGCAACCCCGAGCGGUCAGCAAGGUACCUUACAAGGUACUCGAUGCCCCCGAUCUGGCGGAUGACUUCUAUCUGAACCUGGUUGAUUGGGGUAGUGCCAAUGUGCUGGGGGUAGGCCUUGGGUCCAGUGUGUACAUGUGGAAUGCCCAAACGAGUCGUGUCAACAAGCUUUGCACGCUCGAGGAUGACACAGUAACAAGUGUGUCGUGGAUCCAGAAGGGAACACACAUUGCUAUUGGGACUGGAAAGGGGCUCGUUCAGAUCUGGGAUGCUGAAAAGACAAGACGACUACGGACGAUGACGGGCCACACGGCGAGAGUGGGGUCUUUGGCUUGGAACACCCAUAUCUUGACGUCCGGUUCUCGUGACCGACUGAUAUACCAUCGCGACGUUCGCGCUCCUGAUCAGUGGCUCAGGAAACUCGUCGGCCAUAAGCAGGAGGUUUGUGGCCUGAAAUGGAACUGCGAAGACGGCCAGCUGGCCAGCGGCGGUAACGACAACAAACUCAUGGUCUGGGACAAACUCUCAGAGACCCCGCUUUGGAAGUUCUCGGACCACACAGCUGCUGUUAAGGCCAUUGCCUGGUCACCCCACCAACGUGGGCUGCUGGCUUCAGGCGGUGGAACGGCGGACCGCAGAAUCAUUUUUCACGACACAGUCCGCGGGUCUGUCAUCAACGAGAUCGAUACGGGCAGCCAGGUCUGCAACAUUGCCUGGUCCAAGAACUCGAAUGAAAUCGUUUCGACGCAUGGUUACAGCCAGAAUCAAAUCGUCGUUUGGAAGUAUCCUUCGAUGACACAGGUGGUCAGCCUCACAGGCCAUACCUAUCGCGUGCUAUACUUGGCGAUGAGCCCAGACGGCAGAACAGUCGUAACCGGCGCUGGUGACGAAACUUUACGAUUCUGGAAUGUGUUUGGACGACGACCUGGAGCCAGAGAAGACAGCGACGGCAGCCGACUAUCGGAAUGGGGCGUCAUUCGGUAAAGCAUCAAAGAUGGAGCACCAGUCUCCGCAAAAGACAUGAUACCCCCUACUUUUCUUUCUGGCUCGAGGUUGUCGGUAACGCGGCAGGAGGAAAGCGAUAGAGCGAGCGCUCGAAUUCUGUUUCAUGGUAAUGUUGAUGGGAAGAGGAAACGUAAAUACCACGCUGCCGGUUGCAUCAGGUGCAUGCAUGGAAAAGGCGUUUCGACAGGUCGGGAUGGUACAGGCAGGACAACGUUGUUUCUGGGCUUUUGUUUCCUUUUCGGGGUGAUUUAUAGGACUUAUUUUGUGGCUUCAGCGGGUGGCUCAUGAGGAGAAAACGACACAGGGAAAAGGGGCUUUUCAGGUGACGAGAGCCGACUCGAAGCGGGUUGCGUAGCAGAGAAGAGAUGCCCGCAUCAUUCUUAGCAUUGGGCUUGAGCGCAAAUAGUAUUCAUUGGAGUGUUGUUUGGGGAACGCGCCAUUUACACCCAUUAACACCUAGCGGCAAUGAACAAAACAAGGCUUUCUUGUUACAAGACUCUGAUUGCUUCGAAAUGACAAGCACCAGGCCAUCAAUCAUCGGUAUGGUAUUAAUGUAGAGUCGUCUAUAACACUUGAGCAUCGUUGAA